CGGUUGGCGGGAGAACCGAAGAAGACAAUGGCGUUUAGGGUUUUUUCGGCGGCCAAGAGGGUUUCCAGGCCUCAGCCAUCCAUAAUACGGAAAGGAUCUCAAUUCUUGCUCUGUCGCUUCACAUCCUCUUCUUCCCUGCUCAAGGGACUCAACCGGGAAUCAAUCUCAGGACUCAGAUCUGUAAAAUACUCACAACUCGGAAGGGAAUUUAAGGAUCGUUUGGCAAAACUCAACGAUAAGUCGAAGGAGAUGAAACAUAAAAUGCGGAGUUUGUCUGAUGGAAUGGCUGAAGCCUCUGCUGAAUUUAGAAAUUUGCGCAAACCCACAGGACCCGUGGAUAAGUUGGAGAAAAUGUGGCUCAGAGGACAUGUGAGAUAUUACUUGGAUUGUAAGAUUAAAUUCAUGGAUGAAUUCUUGAAAUUGAAUCGUCAAAUGAGUCGCACAGAGCUUGGUAUUGCUAAAGAGUGUGCUGGGUAUGAGAAACUGAGAGAGGAUUACAUGUUAUCAGUUGCCAGGUUGUUUGGGUUUGGCUUCCUGAACGUGGUUAUGGUUGGCUUGUUCUACAAGGCUGGUCGCCUCCUGAAACCAGCUGAUGUUAGCACUUAAUAAACUGUUACAGAGUCUUUAGCUUUCUAUAGAUGGAUGUCGUGAUAAAUUUUAUGUGGAUUCGUUCCUCUUGUUUGUAAUUAACUUUAACAUUAAUUCCCUCCUCUUGUUUCAAACCUAGGAUCCAUGAAAACUAUGGAUCGGCCAAAACAGCAGCAUCUGGAUGGACCCCUUUCUAAUUUCGUGUGCAUUCAUCGAAUUGAGGACUUGUUUGCUGAUUUA